CUUAGUAUCCAGGAUUGAGGCUCCAUAGGGUUUUAGUAUUUUCAAUGCAGUGCGCUGUUCCCUCUCCUCCUGAGAGGUGGUGCUCUAGAGCGCGCAUGGAGCCGGGCCGGGAGGCGGGACUUCCUGUCUCCCUGGGAACACUUCCGCCCAGACCCGGAAGACCGUUCAUUCCUCUGUGUGGCGGGUCCCGGCGUGAGCGCGGUAGCUGGAGCGACGCUUUCGGGUUCUCUCGCGGCGGGAGGGUCUGGCGAGCGUCGCGCGGCGCCCCGUUUCCCGGGCACCCCGCCCCAGCUGAGCCACGAUGGACUUCCCCGGCUGCCUCCGCCCCACCUCGUUUACCACCGGCCCCCUGGGGCUGAGCGACGGCCCCGACCUGUCGUUCAUGUGCAGCUGGAGAGACGCGCUGACCCUGCCGGAGCCCCAGCCCCAGGACGCCAAGGUGCCCCUGGGCGUCCCUCAGCCACCGGCAGCGCCGCUUCUCCUUCCUCGGGGGCUCCGUCCUGGGCAGGUCGGUGGCCAGCGUCCUGGGGGAGCUGCUGCGCGAGGAGCUGGCCCUGCGGUGGGAGCAGCUGGUCCUGGACGACACCUUCACGGGGGGCGCCCUGGCCUGGGUGCCCGGAAGGUCGCCCCGAGCCGGGCAGCUGGUCUACCCUGCCGGGGGCGCCCUGGACAGCCUGCAUUUCCAAGAGAUCAGCCUGACCUCACGUGGCCGGCCUCGCGUCCUCGGAGCCCCUGGACGCAUCCAGCUCCGGGGGCCUGUCCGGCAGGUGGUGACCUGCACCAUCCAGGGAGAACCCCUGCUGGCUGUGCGCUCUGACUACCACUGCGCCGUGUGGAAGAUGGGGAAGCAGGGGCUGCCCGCCCCCCUGCAGGUGCUGCAGGUCCGGGAGGGUGCCACAGGGAUCAGUCUCAGCCCGCACCUGCCAGGGGAGCUGGCAGUCAGCAGCCGAUCUGGAGCCGUCUGUCUGUGGACCCCCCAGGAUGGGCUGCAGCAGGUCUAUAAGGACCCUGAGACCCUUGUGUUCCGCGACCCUUCUCCCUGGCGCUGGGUGGACUUCACUGCGCACCCUCGGGUGCUGACUGUGGGUGACCGCACUGGAGUGAAGCUGGUGGACACCCAGGGCCCACCCGGCUGUGGCCUGCUGCUGUUCCGUGGGGGCGCAGAGGCCUCCUGCCAGAAGGGGGAACGUGUCCUGCUCGCUCAGUACCUGGGGCAGCCCAGCCCCGACGCUCUGCCCCCUACGCUGCACCUCAUCUGUACCCAGUUCUCGCUGUACCUGGUGGACGAGCGCUUCCCCCUGGUGCCCAUGCUGAAGUGGGACCACGGCUUCCCCUCCCCGGGAAGGCCGAGGGGCCGCCUGGUGGGAGAGGCGGCAGGGCAGGACCUCGGGGUUCAGCAGGCAGCCCAGGCGGGCCAAGCGCCGCACCCAGCUCUCCAGCACCUUCUCGCUCAGCGGCCGCCUGGACCUCUCCGAUGCCAACAGCCCCCCGCACAGCCCGGAGGACGUGCCUGAGGCCAGGCCUCGGGCCCCAGUGCCCUCAGCCUCCCAGGAGUCGACUCAGGAGGCCGGCGUUCAGAGCGUCCCCUCGGAGCGGCGGCAGAGCCUCCGGAGCUACGCCACCGAGCCGUCACUCCAGGAGGCCGCCACGCCCCCCUCCCAGGCCUCCAGUGUCCGGGCCGCCCCCUCCCGGCAGCGCACUCCUGCCCUCGCUGGCUCCCAGCCCCAGCGCAAGAGGCCUCGCAUGGGCUUCUGA